AUGUUAUUUACUGAGACACCAUACAAAUUGGAUUAUGUUUAUAAUUUUUAUUUAAAAUUUGUUGCUGAAACAUUAAUUUAUAUAAGAAAUUUUAUAUUGUAUAUUAGUGUUUGGUUGGUGGGUUACUUGUUGGUGUGCUGUGUAGUUUACCGUCGGUAUGCAAGAAAGUUACCUACUCGGACUCGUGGCUCUCUCGGCGCCAAGAGAGUGUUGAUAGUGACUGCUCAUCCUGACGAUGAGUGUAUGUUCUUUGGUCCUACAAUUUUCAGAUUGUGCGAACAAGGCGCUGAGGUUUAUUUACUUUGUUUAUCCAAUGGUAAUUAUGAAGGGAAGGGCAAUGAAAGAAAGAAAGAGUUAUGGGAUGCCUGUCUCGUUCUUGGUGUACCAGACAGCAACAUCUGCCUUAUCUCAGACACAAGAUUGCAAGACAAUCCAAAGGCUCAGUGGGCUGUCCCAGUUAUAGCAAAACUAAUACAACAUCAGGUUGCAGCAAUGGAUAUUGAUACUCUAGUCACAUUUGAUAGAGGAGGUGUAUCCUCACAUCCAAACCACUCUGCAGUUUUUUACGCAGUUGCUUAUAUGUUUGUUGAGAAGAAUAUGCCACAAAAGUGCACGGUAUACACAUUAGAUUCUGUAAAUAUAUUAAGGAAAUAUUUGGGUUUUUUGGACUUGCCCUUAAGUUUUUUACUGUCUUCCAAAAGGUACUUCCUUCGUUGGACUGAAAGUCGUCGCGUGACGCGAGCUAUGAAGCAACAUAAAAGUCAAAUGGUGUGGUUUAGAUAUUUAUACAUCAUGUUCUCUAGGUACAUGGUCAUAAAUACGCUCAGGAAAAUAAACCUUGCUGACAUUGAACUUGAGUUAGAAGUUGAUGAUUAAUAUUUUUUAUUCCUUGUGUGAGUGUUUUUAUGGUUUCCAUGAGCAAAUUGCCACUAACUUGUCCUAGUUUGUUUAGUAAUUCUGAAAUUGGUUUGGGUAAAACUAGUAAGUUCUUUGAAGGAAACAACACAAAUUAAAGAUGUGCAAAAAAUUAAAUCAAGUAUUUACAUGGCAACCCUAAGUAUUAUGCGUGAAAAAAUGUUCGAAUGUAGUUUUUUUUUUUUUUUAUAAUAUAGACUAGACUAGGCUUUAGUCGACUUUUUCUAGCUGGUUCUGCAAUUACAAAUGUUUGAUUUUUAACACUCACAAAGAGUUUUUAGUUUCUGAUGUUGUUUCUUUAGUGUUUUAUAAAGCUAGUGGCAUGUGUUGUAUUCAUAUAAUAAUUACAACAAACUAGGAAGCUAAGGAACUUACUUAAGUUGAUACAAAUAAAGAAGCAAUUUACUACUUUUUAAUCAUUUUUUCCUUGUUGGAUAGAUUGAGGUAGUUUUGCCGUCCGUACUAUUGAUAUGGUGUAAAAUGAAAAUGAUUUGGUUUAUUCAUAACGUUAUACCAAAUAUCUAUAUUUUUUUGUUGUUGUUUAUUUAGUUUGUUAUCAUGGGAUGAUUUAAAGUUUUAUAAAAUUAUUUAAUCCACGGUGUCAUGAAGUCUAAGUAAGGCUAACUGUAAACUAGACUAAAGUAAAUUGGAAUAACAAUAAGUCGGUAGACUCAAGUAAAGUGGACGAAAAUGGUCACAAAGCAUAUGUUUUAGCAAGAUUAAAAUAUGCUAUGUACUUGCAUUAGCUUGGCGUACUUACUGUUUUAACAACGUGAUCCUAAAAAUAAUUUUUUAUAUGUAUUUUUAUUUUGUUAAUUUUUAUGAAAAAUUUUGUUAAAAUACCUAAUAAAAUACUCUAUUGUGUUGCUAGUGCUUUCAAAAAGCCUUAGAUUUAGAAUGGUAAAUAAAUCUUACUUUAAAUUGUUUUAUCAUGUC